CGUUCUUCCUGAACGGCAGCAAAUGCUCUAAUCGUGCCCUCGAAAAGGGGAAAAAAAAAACUCCUCUAAUCGACUCUGGCGGCAGGCAGCAACGCCACCAACGACGGCCUGCUGUGCGUGGCGGCCUGCGGGGGUGGAGCUCUCGGAGGAGAGGGGAGGAAGGCGUUAGGUAGGGCGGCCGCGCAACCUCGCUCUGUUGGUCGGUCCGCCGCUGGUACUUUCUAGGGUUCGUUUUGUUGGGGGAUUUUUUUUUUUUGCUGUGAAUGCGAGCAAUCAUAUCAUUAAGUCUGGCAGAUUUGCUUGCUGCGCGGUAUCUUGUUUGUCUACUCUAAUCUAAUCCAUCACCCGUCGAUCGAUUAAGUUCUUCAGCACGCAAGGUGAAUAGAAUCGAGGCGUGGGCGCUGUUUGUUUUUCCAAAACUUUUGGGGGUUCAACUGAACCCCAAUGCCCCAAGAGAAGUCGGCGGCUAGUUGAUGGUAAUUACAAUGAGCAGGCCGAACACUCGCAAUAAGAACAAGAGGCCACGGGCUGAUGAAUCCGAGAGCCCCUCCGCCGCUGUUUUCAAGAAGAUACAUUCCACUGGUGAUAUCUCAAAGAGCGAUAUCCGCCAGCUUUACAUGGUGUGGAAACCGCUUUGCCAUGGUUGCCAUGGGAACUCCAAGGACUCCCCGAAUUGUUUCUGCGGGUUGAUUCCGACCGCCAACGGGGUUCGUAAAUCCGGCCUUUGGCAGAAGACACAAGAGAUUGUUCGUGGUCUUGGUCCUAAUCCAUCCAAGGAUCUUCGUGAUUCCGCCGAAACGCCUGCUGGAUUGACUAACUUGGGUGCGACAUGUUAUGCGAACAGCAUACUUCAGUGCCUCUAUAUGAACAUCUCCUUCCGUUCGGGCAUUUUCUCUCUGGAGCCGGACAUCUUGAAGAAGCAUCCUGUUCUGGAUCAGCUGGCUCGGUUGUUUGCCCAGCUGCACUCUAGCAAAAUGGCUUUCAUUGAUUCGGCACCUUUUAUUAAGGCGUUGGAACUAGACAAUGGUGUCCAGCAGGAUAGCCAUGAAUUUCUCACCUUGUUUUUGUCUCUGCUCGAGCAAUCGUUAAGCCACUCGAAAGUCUCUGGAGCUAGAACAAUCGUGCAACAUCUGUUUCGUGGCAGUGUGUCACACGUGACAAGGUGCUCAUCAUGUGGAAAGGAUUCUGCAGCAUCUUCAAAAAUGGAAGACUUUUAUGAGCUGGAACUGAAUAUUAAAGGUUUAAAUAACUUGGAAGAAAGUUUGAAUGACUACUUUAGUGAGGAAGCAUUGGAUGGGGAGAACCAAUACUUUUGUGAGUCGUGUCAGAAAAGGGUAGACGCCACUCGCUGCAUAAAACUUCGCUCACUUCCCCCCGUUGUUAAUUUUCAGCUGAAGCGUUACGUAUUCCUCCCAAAGACAACAAUGAAGAAAAAGAUUUCUUCAACAUUCAGUUUCCCAGGACAGCUAGAUAUGGGAAAACGGCUGUCAAACCCUUCAUCUAGUUAUACUUAUGACCUGGUUGCUAUUUUGAUUCACAAGGGUACCGGUGCUAAUAGUGGGCACUAUGUGGCACAUAUAAAGGACGAAAGCAAUGGGCAGUGGUGGGAGUUUGAUGAUGAGACUGUAUCCAAACUUGGUUUACAUCCUUUUGGUGAAAAACCAGGAAAGUCAUCAAAUAAAGAUGAUAAAAAAUCACAGGGUAUUUCUACAGCAGGUUCUGUUACAAAUAAUAAUAAUAAUGCCCACCAGGAGGCUGCAUCGACUUCCACCGUCGGGGAGAUGUUUUCUUCUACAGAUGCUUAUAUGCUGAUGUACAAAUGUACCAGUAAGGAUGAAAAUGCUACUGAAAGCAAUAAUAUUUUGGAAAUCAAUAAUGAUUCACUUCCACACCAUUUUCUGGAUGAAAUUAAUGAAUUAAAUGCAUCAUAUGUAAAAUCAUGUGAGGAAUACCAAAGUAAGAAAGACAGCCAUCUGGUAUAUAUAACAGAGAGACGUCAAGAAGUAAAAUCUGUUCUGACAGAAGCACCUGUUAAUCCAGAGGAUGAUUCAUAUUUUUGGAUUUCAACAGACUGGCUUCGCCAAUGGGCAGACAACAUUACCCCUCCCUCUUCUAUUGACAAUGGUCCAAUUCAAUGUGAACAUGGAAAGGUUACAGCAUCUAAAGUCACAUCAAUGAAGCGACUAUCAGCUGUAGCUUGGAUGAAGCUAUUUUCUAAAUAUGGAGGGGGACCAACAUUGAGCAGUGAUGAUUUUUGCAUGGAGUGUCUUAAGGAUGGUGCAAAAAGUGCAGUAUCUGCUGAUGUCUACCGUGACCGUAAAGCAUCAUUAAAAAAUCUUGCAGAAGCAGUGCUUGCUGGUAAUAAUCCAGAUGGCCCUUCUUACUUUAUUUCAAGGACAUGGUUAACUCAAUGGCUGCGCAAAAAAAAUGUUGAUAUCCCUUCCGAUGCUGAUAAUGGACCAACAAGUGCUUUAAGAUGUUGCCAUGGGCAUCUUCUUCCAGAGCACGCUCCAGGGGCAAAGCGAGUAUCUGUACCGGAGAGCCUCUGGUUAUUUCUCUACGAAACCAUCAGCGCGAGGAAGGCUGAUGAUGUCGUAACUUUUCCAUCAGAUUGUCAACCAUGUGAAAUCUGCAGCCAGGAAUUGUCUGAUGUUGCUUCCGUUGAGGGUAAUCUUAGAGCAGUUAAACUCAAGCAACGACAGAACCAUGAAAAGUUAAUAUCUGGGAAAAACUUUACACUUCAUCCUGGUCAAAAAUAUUAUUUGGUUCCUUCUUCAUGGUUGUCGGAAUGGAGAACUUAUAUUACAGCGACCGGAAAAAAUAUUUCUUCGUUACCAGAACCUCAAAGUCUUGAAGCUAUUGUCAAUUCACUUAUAUGUGAGAAGCAUUCAAGAUUGUUGCAAAGGCCUUUGGAUCUUGUUUGCAAGCGUGGGAGCGCCACUCAAAAAACAUCAAAUACUGAUGGGUUAACAAUGAUCCCAGAGUCUGAUUGGAAAUUAUUCUCUGAGGAGUGGAGUGCCACACGUGGAAAAGGUAUAUCUGCUGAAAUUGCUUUUAGCAAGAGCUCUCAAGAUAAACUGUACGGGUCAUCUGAAGCAAUGCCAAUUAUGGAUGGAGAUGUAGGCCAGUCUCUUGAUGAUGCAAAUGAUGGUUUGGGGGCCAGAGAGCCCUAUGUGAAAACUGAUCCUGAGGUUUGUGAAGAGUGUAUUGGAGAAAGAGAGAGCUGUGCAUUGGUGGAGAAGCUCAAUUACCAAAAUGAAGACAUCCAUGUUUAUUUUGUCCGUGGAAAAGAAGCACCAAAGUCUAUUAAGGAAGCAUCUAAAGCUGUUCCUGCAUCAGAUCGUCGGACUUCAAAGCGUUCUCGGAGAACAAGCUUAGGGAAUUCAAUCAGUUUGAAAGUCUCUGGUUCUACAUCUGUUUAUCAGUUGAAACUCAUGAUAUGGGAAUCUUUAGGGAUUGUAAAGGAGAACCAGAAGCUUCACAAAGGCUCUGUUGAGAUUGAAGAUGACUUUGCUACUCUUGCUGACAAGAGUAUUUUUCCUGGUGAUGUUCUAUGGGUCAGAGACUCUGAGAUCCAUGAGAACCGUGACAUAGCAGAUGAGAUUUCGGAACAGAAGGCUGAUAUACUGCAGGCUGAGGAAGGCUUUCGAGGGACACUACUGACAUCAAGUGUCUCAGCUCAGCUUUGUGAGGAUAUAUCAUUUAGUGAAUGAGUUCCCAGGGUAAGCUUGCUUGGAGAAAUCUGGUUGCUUCACGGAGCGUCGUGCUGAAUUAUGGUGGUUCUGGCAGCCUGGGCGGAAAUUUUUGUCUACCCCUUCUCUCCAUGCUGUCUCUUAAGGCUGUUCAUUAUCCUCACUUGAGCCGAGGAAAACAGAAGAGGUUCCUCAUGUAGUUUUCAUGCUUCCCUAAUGUAAUUACCAAGUAGUUAGCUAUAUCCGGUUGUGCUGCCUGCAUCGGCGUAGUUUCUUUUUUCUUUUCCGUUUUGUUGUUGUGAGAGCUAUGGGUAACUUGCCUUGUACCUGGUGGCUAUUUAGAGGUUUGGUGAAAGGCAGGAGAGCCUUUAAAUUGAUGCCGAGCAGUCUACGGCUUUUGAUGUUUGUUA